AUGCUACACCCCCUCAACCUCCUAGCGCUCUCUCUCCUUCCAACUCCCUCCAUCGCGCAGACAGCCCCGAUCGAUGUCCGCGAAGCUACCAUCUCGAGCAUCCACAGCUCUCUGUUCUCUGGCUUCACAACCUGCCGAGAUGUGGUCAGCGCCUUCAUCGCCCGGAUCGAACACUUCAACCCGGACAUUAACGCGAUCAUCACCCUGAAUCCGGAUGCUCUCUCGAUCGCCGACUCGCUGGACCAGUCCCUGUCGCAAGGGAAUGCCACGGGGCCACUCUUCUGCAUCCCCAUCCUUCUCAAGGACAACUACGAUGCCCUUCCGAUGCCGUCGACAGGUGGUUGUUUGGCUCUCAAUGCUUCGAAACCGACCCAAGACGCGCCCGCCGUGCGGGCCUUCCGCAACGCAGGGGCCGUGAUCUUGGGCAAAUCGAAUCUCCAUGAACUGGCGCUCGAGGGCCUGUCGGUAUCCAGCCUGGGUGGCCAAACCAUCAAUCCGUACGACUUCACCCGCACGCCCGGCGGGAGCUCAGGUGGUACGGGCGCAGCAGUCGCAGCCUCGUUCGCCGUGUUCGGCACGGGCACCGAUACCGUGAACUCGCUACGAAGCCCCGCGAGCGCCAACAGCCUGUUCAGCUUCCGGCCGACGAGGGGCCUGAUUUCUCGCACGGGCGUCAUCCCCAUCUCCUACACCCAGGAUACGAUCGGUGCGAUAGGACGUUCCCUGCCGGACAUCGCGACGGCGCUGACUGUCAUGGCCUCGAUCGGCUACGACCCGGCCGACAACGUCACGUCGGCGAUCCCAUCCUCGGUCCUGGGCACCGACUAUACGACGUUCGUCUCGCCGGGCCGACGGGCCAACCUCACGGGGAUGCGGAUUGGGGUGAUCGAAGGGUUCUUCAACCGCGCAUCGAGCAACGAGACCACGCCGGUCAACGAGGCCAUGGACCACGCCAUCGCGGUCCUGCAGGGCCUGGGGGCCAGCGUGAUCGUCAUCAAUGACACGACGACGUACAACGCGACGGCCAUCUCGGCGCAGAUGGACGUGCAGACGUCCGAGUACCGCGAACUGCUCACGCACUACCUAUCGAGCGACAACCUGACGGGGCCUCACCCGUUGACCAUGCCCGCGCUCUACACGCCCAACCAAACCACGCCCGAGUUCCUGGUGAUCCCGUCGCAGUACUCGUACGUGGAGACAGCCCUGGUCUCGUCGACGGGUAACGCGUCCUACUUCCGCAAGCAGGCGCUGAUCGCCAACCUGACGCGGUCCCUGCAGGCCACCAUCCUCUCCAACCAGCUCACCUGCCUCAUCUACCCGGAGCAGAAGAACCUGGUCGUCCCCAUCGGCUCGCCCAGCCAGUCCGGCCGCAACGGCAUCUUGGCCGCCCUGACGGGCUCGCCUGUAAUCACCGUCCCAAUUGGCUUCUCACCAGCGUCGGCCACCGCCCCGAUCGGCAUCCCCAUUGGCAUGGAGCUACUGGGCCUGCCCUGGUCCGAAGGCACCCUGCUGCACGUCGCCAAGGCCCUCGACGACGUCCUGCACGCCCGCAAGAUGCCCGUGACGGCGGGACUGAACGCCACCGUCGAGCUCACAAAGGCCUACACCCAAGUGCCGCGGGUCGUGCCGCUCGGGGCCAAGAAUAUCGACAAGGCCGCCUAUCCGCUCGGCGUGUACUGA